CCAUCUCAUCGGGCACUCGAGUCAGCUUCUGCUCUGCCCAUCCUUCUCUCUGCCAUUCGUGCAAUCCUGCUGUCCUCGCAGUUCCGUGUUCUAGACCCAUAUUAGCAGCACGACCCUCACUCCACAACCAUGUCGUUGCAACCAGCACCAGAGAAGCCCUCUUUUCACCGAGGCAGCUUCGCGGAGGAGAUUGAGACCGCCAGAGUCGACCUUGCGAAGCGUCUGCUCAGAGGCGACUCCAAUGACACCCCAUCUGAGCGCGAUACGCCCACUCUCAGCCCGUCUGGCAGUAACUCCCCACCCACGUCGGAUUCAGACUCGGUCGUCAGUCCAGGCGAGGAGGAUCUUGUCGCCGACAGCUUCGCCUUUGCCUUUGACAUUGAUGGCGUCCUUGUCCGCGGCGGACGGCCUAUCCCCGAGGCCAUCGAGGCCAUGAAGGUCCUGAACGGCGACAACAAGUACAACAUGAAGAUUCCCUACAUCUUCCUCACCAACGGUGGCGGCAAGACCGAGGAGGAGCGUUGCAACGAUCUCUCCAAGCAGCUUGAGGUUGAUAUCUCUCCUGCCCAGUUCAUCUGUGGCCACACCCCCAUGUCAGAGAUGGCCAACAAGUACGGCACCGUUUUGGUCGUUGGUGGCGAGGGCGAAAAGUGCCGCGAGGUCGCCCAGGGAUACGGCUUCAAGGACGUCGUCACUCCUGGCGACAUCAUCAAGCACAACAGCGCAACAACCCCCUUCCGCAAGCUGACUGAGGAGGAGUACGCCAACUCCAAGGAGCGCGACUUCAGUCAGGUCACGAUCGAGGCUAUCUUUAUUUUCGCCGAUUCCCGUGACUGGGCUGGCGACCUUCAGAUUAUUCUUGACCUGGCCAUGUCCAAGGGUGGCCGUGUCGGUACUCUUUCUGAAACCUUUGACGAGGGUCCCCCAAUCUACUUCUCUCACAACGAUGUCGUCUGGUCUGCCGCCCACGACAACGUCCGCCUCGGAAUGGGUGCUCUCCGCGGCAUUGUCGAGUACACCUUCAAGGAGGUCACCAAGGGCAAGACUCUGACCACUCACGCGUUUGGCAAGCCCCAGAUCAGCACCUUUGAGUUCGCUCAGAGACUGCUCAAGAGGUGGCGCAAAAACGAGCAUGGUCUCAAUGCGCCCCCCGGAACCGUCUAUUUUGUCGGCGACACACCUGAGAGCGACAUCCGCGGUACCAACCGUUUCAACGAACAAGCUCCAAAUGAUUGGUACUCGGUCCUGGUCAAGACUGGCGUCUACCAGGAGGGUACCGAGCCUGCCUACAAGCCCCGCGUCACUGUCAACACCGUGCUCGACGCCGUCAACCACGGCAUUGAGCGCGAGAUGGCUCGCCAACAAGACAAGAUCCGCGCUCGCAAGCCCGUGCUCAAGGGUAUGCCUAAGCUCCGCCUGGACAAGGCUCCCGAGAUGGCCAUCUGGAGCCCGGACGAGGAGCGCGAGAUUGAGAUUUUUGCCAUCUAAGCCACCUCAAGCAGGGACACCAGACUGCCUUCCCACCAUUUUCACGAAGCACAUGAAGCAUCAGCGAUCGUUUACUCCUUCAAUUCUCGACCGGACUUCGACAACUAUAGACCCAGAUGAUUUGUUUUUUGCACUAGAUUGGGAUGAACAUGCAACAGGAUUCUUGGUAUUGGUGUUCUUUUAUUUCUCUUCUCCAGUAGCACCUUUGGGACACAAUUUUCUCACUUACAGACUGAAAAUCUGGUUUCGCGCGCGCUCAAGAUACCCCCCGAGCGCCGGAGGCCACACCUGGCACCUAGAGAGGUCCACAGAUAGUUUGAACGUCAACAGUGUACUUC